GUUUUGUAGGCUUCCUCCGUCUUCUGCAACUGUAUCCCGCCUAAUACCUAAAGAGUGAGAGUGGAGCAGUGCCUUCUGUCUCGGUUCCCAUGGCGCAGAAGUUCGUCAGAGAAAACGUCCCUCUCUCCAGAUUCGGCGUCUUGGUUGCCCAGUUGGAGUCCAUUGUAGCUUCUGCAUCUCAACAACCUCCAGAUGCUCUUCUCUGCUUCGAUCUUCUCUCAGAUCUCAAAUCCGCCAUAGAAGAAGAACCUAAGGAAUCUAUCCUGCUAUGGCAAAGAAAAUGCGAGGAUGCUCUGUAUUCCCUGCUUAUUCUUGGUGCUCGUCGGCCUGUAAGGCGUUUGGCAUCAUUAGCUAUGGCGAGAAUUAUAUUUAAGGGUGAUGGCAUUUCGAUAUACUCUAGAGCGAGCACACUCCAAGGCUUUCUUUCCGAUGGGAAGAAAAGCGAGCCUCUCCGUGCUGCUGGUGCAGCUCAAUGCUUGGGGGAGUUGUACCACUUCUUUGGGAGAAGGAUUACUGCAGGUUUACUAGAAACAACUAGUAUUGCGGCGAAACUGAUGAAGUUUAAUGAGGAUUUUGUGAAACAAGAAGCUCUACAAAUGCUUCAGAAUGCAUUGGAAGGCUCAGGUGGUAGUGCUGCUUCUGCAGCCUAUACAGAGGCUUUUCGUCUCAUCAUGCGUAUAGGUGUGGGGGAUAAAUCAUUAAUUGUUAGAAUGGCUGCAGCAAGAUGUCUGAAGACUUUUGCCAGUAUUGGGGGACCCGGUCUUGGGGUUUCGGAACUUGACAACUCAGCCUCUUACUGUGUCAAGGCUCUUGAGGAUCCUGUUUCAUCUGUCAGGGAUACCUUUGCGGAGGCUUUAGGUGCUGUGCUUGCUCUUGCAAUGAAUCCUGAGGCACAAGUGCAACCAAGAGUUAAAACUAAUUCUACUCCAGCAAGGAAACUGGAUGGUGGUCUUCAAAAGCAUUUAACGCUGCCCUUCAUGAAAGCAACUGGACCUCGUUCAAAGGAUGUGCGAAUUGGACUAACACUAUCAUGGGUGUUCUUUUUACAGGCCAUUCGUCUGAAGUAUCUGCAUCCAGACACUGAGCUUCAAAACUUUGCUGUGUUGGCUAUGGAUAUGCUUCGGGGUGAUUCUUCUGUGGAUGCACAUGCACUGGCAUGUGUUCUAUACAUUCUUCGGGUAGGUCUAACUGAUCAGAUGAGUGAACCUACUCAACGGAGCUUUUUGGUUCUUCUUGGAAAACAGCUUGAAUCUGCUGAGAUUAGUCCUUCCAUGGCAGUAGUCGUUCUACGAACCAUAUCAUAUACUCUGAAAAGUUUGGGGGAGGUUCCACUUGAAUUUAAGGAAGUUCUUGAUGACACUGUUGUAGCUGCUCUCUCUCAUUCUGUACUACUUGUGCGCAUAGAGGCCGCUUUGACACUGCGUGCAUUGGCAGAGGUUGAUCCCACUUGUGUUGGCGGUUUGGUUUCUUAUGCGGUGACCACAUUAAAUGCUUUGAGGGAAAGUGUUGCAUUUGAAAAGGGUGGCAAUUUCAAAGUUGAACUUGAUUCAUUGCAUGGACAAGCCACAGUUUUGGCAGCUUUAGUAUCUAUUUCUCCAAAGCUACCUCUUGGUUAUCCAGCAAGAUUGCCCAAAUCAGUACUGGAAGUUUUAAAGAAAAUGUUGACAGAAUCAAGUAGGAACCCUGUUGCUUCUACUACUGAAAAAGAAGCUGGUUGGUUACUUUUAGCAUCACUCAUAUCCUCAAUGCCAAAGGAGGAGCUCGAAGACCAGGUUUUUGACAUCCUGUCUCUCUGGGCUUCCCUUUUUAGUGGAAACACAGAACAUCAAAUUAAGCAAGCUGAAAGUCUGGCAUCUGAAGUAAGUGUAUGGGCUGCUGCAGUUGAUGCAUUGACAGCAUUUAUAAGAUGCUUUGUUUCUCCAAAUGUCUCCGUUGAUAAAGGGGUCCUACUUCAGCCAGUGGUAGUAUAUCUAAGCAGGGCUCUGUCAUAUAUAUCCUUUCUAGCAGCCAAACAACUGCCAAAUAUGAGAGCUGCAACGGAUCUUUUCACCAUCAGAACAUUGAUAGCUUAUCAGUCCCUUCCUGAUCCAAUGGCAUAUAAGACUGAUAACCCACAAAUUAUUCAAAUUUGUACCACUCCUUUCAGGGAUCCUUCUGGGUGUGAGGAAAGCUCAUGUUUGAGGUUGCUGUUGGACAAGAGAGAUGCAUGGCUGGGUCCUUGGAUCCCUGGCAGGGAUUGGUUUGAGGAUGAGCUUCGUGCAUUUCAAGGUGGCAAAGAUGGGUUGAUGCCUUGUGUGUGGGAAAAUGAACUUUCUAGUUUUCCUCAGCCGGAGACUAUAAGCAAGAUGUUGGUUAACCAGAUGCUCCUUUGUUUCGGAAUAAUUUUUGCGACUCAGGAUAAUGGUGGAAUGCUUUUACUUCUUGGUAUGAUCGAGCAGUGCCUAAAAGCUGGAAAAAAGCAAUCAUGGCAUGCAGCUAGUGUGACCAAUGCAUGUGUUGGCCUGCUUGCAGGUUUGAAGGCUCUGCUUGCUUUACGUCCACAACCAUUGGGAGUGGAAAUGUUAGGUUCUGCACAGGCUAUCUUCCUGGGAAUUCUGGCAGAAGGGGAUAUUUGUGCAUCACAACGUAGAGCAGCAGCUGAAGGACUUGGUCUGUUAGCUCGCCUUGGGAAUGAUAUCUAUACAGCUAGAAUGACCAGAUCACUUCUAGGGGAUCUUGCUAGUGCUACAGAUUUGAGCUAUUCUGGAUCUAUUGCCUUCUCACUUGGUUGCAUACAUCGAAGUGCUGGAGGAAUGGCAUUGUCAACGUUGGUGCCUGCAACUGUGAGCUCACUCUCUCUAAUGGCUAAAAGUUCAAAUGCUUGCCUGCAGCUCUGGUCUUUACAUGCACUUCUUUUGACCAUAGAAGCAGCUGGCCUGUCCUAUGUGUCUCAAGUUCAGGCAACGCUCGUCCUUGCUAUGGAAAUUCUUUUGUCAGAGGAGAAUGGAUGGGUUGAGCUGCGACAGGGGAUUGGCCGCCUUAUAAAUGCUAUUGUUGCUGUUCUUGGUCCUGAGCUUGCCCCAGGCAGCAUUUUCUUUUCGCGUUGCAAGUCUGUUGUUGCAGAGAUAAGUUCCGGGCAAGAAACAUCUACACUUCUCGAGAGUGUUCGCUUUACACAACAACUUGUUCUUUUUGCUCCCCAAGCUGUGUCUGUGCACUCUCAUGUGCAAACUCUACUCCCAACACUGUACUCAAGACAGCCAAUUCUUAGGCAUCUUGGUGUUUCCACUCUUCGGCAUCUAAUUGAGAAGGAUCCAGUUGCCAUUGUUGAUGAACAGGUUGAAGAAAAUUUAUUCCACAUGCUCAAUGAGGAAACUGAUCCUGAGAUUGGGAAUUUGGUGGGUACCACAAUAAUUCGCCUGCUUUAUACGUCAUGCCCUUCUUUUCCAUCACGCUGGAUAUCAGUAUGUCGCAAAAUUGUUCUUGCUACAUCAGCGGGAAGAAAUGCUAACACUGGAUCGGAACAUGAUUCCCUGAAUGGUGCUGAUGGUGAUUCUAGAUUAUAUUAUGAAGAAGCUGAUGAAAACAUGGUUGCUAGCUCCCAUGACAGGCAGAUACCAGGUUCCACCGUGGACGCUCCUAAUGUUGUUCCUAAGAGAGAUAAACAUCUCAGAUAUCGAACCAGGGUUUUUGCUGCAGAGUGUUUAAGCCAUCUACCUGCAGCUGUUGGCAAUGAUCCCACUCAUUUUGAUUUGUCAUUGGCAAGGAGAAGAUCCACUAAUGGACAAUCUUCUGGUGAUUGGCUAGUGUUGCACAUACAAGAGCUAAUUGCACUUGCUUAUCAGAUAAGCACAAUCCAGUUCGAGAACAUGCAACCAAUUGGUGUGGGACUUCUGACUACUAUUAUGGACAAGUUUGAAAUGAUACCAGACCCUGAGCUUCCUGGACAUCUUUUAAUGGAACAGUAUCAGGCUCAACUUGUUUCUGCGGUUCGCACUGCAUUAAAUACAUCUUCUGGUCCUCUGCUCCUUGAGGCGGGCCUGCAGCUGGCCACUAAGAUUCUGACAAGCGGCAUUACUAGUGGGGAUCAAGCUGCAGUUAAACGCAUAUUUUCAUUGAUUUUACGUCCGCUGAAUGACUUAAAGGACCUGUACUAUCCAUCUUUUGCAGAAUGGGUCGCAUGCAAGAUCAAAAUAAGACUUCUGGCAGCCCAUGCCUCUGUCAAAUGUUAUACAUAUGCAUUUCUGAGGAGACAACAUAGCAGUGUUCCAGAUGAGUAUUUAUCACUGAUACCCUUAUUUGCAGAAAGUUCAAGAGUUCUGGGGAAGUACUGGAUUGGGAUUCUGAGGGACUACAGUUUUAUUUGCUUCCACCUAGAAUCUAAGAGUGGUUGUGAGCAUUUCCUUGAUGGAAUUCAAUCUCUUCUGGUUUCAUCGAAGUUGCGGCCAUGUCUAGAAGAAGCCUGGCCAGUAAUUUUGCAAGCAAUUGCACUCGAUGCAGUUCCUGUAGGGCUUGAUGUAAAUGCAUGUUCCAAAGAAACUGGUGAAGAUAUUGCGACAGCUUCUUUAAUAUCUGGAUACAGCAUGGUUCAAUUAGACUACAAAGAAUUUCAGUUUCUUUGGGGAUUUGCACUACUUGUUCUAUUUCAGGCACAAAACCCAAAUGUGGGUAAACAAAUUAUAUCAUUAAGAAUUGCAAAAGCUAGAUCUGCUGGAGAUUCACCAGUUAGUGAGGAAAAUCAUUUGGAUCUGAAGUUUAAUGAAAUAGUACUACCAGUGUUUCAAUUUCUCUCAACAAAGCGAUUCUUUAGUUCGGGUUUUCUUAGCUUGAAUAUCUGCAGAGAACUACUACAGGUCUUUACGUAUUUCAUUCACAUGGAAGACUCAUGGAGUACUCUUGUGAUAUCCGUUCUAUCACAGAUUGUGCAGGUGUUUCCUCAAGAUAUUUCUGAAACUGAAGGUUUUGCCUUUCUAGGGAUAGAACUUUGUGCAACUUAUCUUUAUAAAAUAUUGCAGAGUCCCUGUGCAAGUUCACAUGAUCACUCAACUCAUGAAGAUUGGAUUUCUGUAUUAUUUGUUAUAGCUGAGACACUCAUAAGGCGUGUUGAACCCAAGAAACAGUUGAACUUAAUGCUGGCUUUUCUUUUAGCUUGCUACAAUUGUCUUAAAGGUGGUUCAACUGAGUCAUGCUUUGCAAAAGUUAAUGCAUUUCUCACACAUAUGGGACCGUUAUUAAAGAAUUAUGUUAGGGAUAAACCUAUACUUGAUGAUGAUGUUCUGGUCGACUUGAAAAUCAUCCUGGGAACUUGGUACAAUGUGAUUGCUAGUUUGACUGUGCAUUGCAUCACGGGUAUUCAUUUGUUAGAAAAUAAGAAGUCCAAGCCAUGCAAACUGCUACAAAUGAAGCUUUCUUUUUGUCUUGAACAAACUUUUUUAUUUGCCAAGCUGGCUCACGAAAUUGAAGAUCUUAGAGAGAAGAAAAACAAUAACCACUUGUUUCUUAGCAUAUACAAACAUUGCACCAAACACAUCCGGAUGGUUCUUACUGACUCUGAUAUUGAGGUUCAAACAAUUGGGUUGCAAAUUCUGAAAAAUGUUGCCCAGAGAGAACUGGGAGAAAGCUCUGGCAAGCAAAACAACUUUUUCAUGUUCUUCAUUGGAGAGUUUUUUGGAGAUGUGUUCAUGGUAGUCCAGAAGAUGGUGAAGGAACCGAUAACUAGGGGAUCAGUGUCUAUCAUUAGUGAAUGCUUGAGAUUGUUAGUCCUCCUGCAGAAACUCUCAGAAGGAAGCGAAUGUCAGAAAGGUCUUAUUAAUCUGCUUCUAGAAGCCAUAGUCAUAGUUGUUUCUGCUGCAGCUGAAAAUAAUUCCCAAGAACUGACUGAGAUGAAGAAUACAGCAGUGAGGCUUGUUUCACAUCUUGCUCAAAUUCCUUCCUCGGCAAUUUACUUCAAGGAUGUUCUGUUAGAGAUGCCUGUGGCUCAUCGGCAGCAACUUCAGGGUAUCAUCCGUGCUUCUGUGACAGAUGAUCAAAAUGCUACUCAAACCAGAUCUACCACUGCACCUCCAAUCAUAAAGUUACCAAUGCAAACUGUGCAGAGAGCGUUGAAGGACUCCGAAGGGUAUUCUACAGCAUCUGCAACAACACACUCAAAUGAGGACAUGGAGGAAGAAGAUGAUUGGGAUGCAUUCCAGUCGUUCCCUGCUGCUGCUGAUGCAACUACUACCAAUUCACGGGUAGAGAAUACUGCUGAAGCAUCCACCCUAGUUGAGAACUCCUCCACUCCAGAUUGUGAUAUUGACACAGAAAAUUAUUGUCAAAUAUACUCUAGUUCUGAACCUGUGCUGCAUAGCAAUGAGACCAGCAACACACUGCAACAGGAGGGUAGUGAAGUGGAAGUGACAUUGACCAGCCAAGGUGAAGAAGAAGAGAAUCAAGAGCAUGGUGAUCUCAAACCUCUUGAUGGUGCUGCAGACCAAUUUUUUGAACAGCAUCAGGAGGUGAAAGAGGAAAGAGCAACAGACCGAGGAAAUUAUCUUGGACCAUUACUUGAUGACCAAGUUGUGGGUGCUCAAGGGUUGCCUGAGAAGAACAUUGUGGAAGAUUGCAAACUGAGUACUGGAGAAGGCCAAGAUGAUGGAAAUGACCUUCAAAUAUCCGCAGAUCCUCUACCUCGUGAAAAUUCUGGUGACUCUAUUGAACCAGAUGUGAUUGGUGAUAGUGUAACCGAGGUAGGCCUUGAUCGGGGAACCAGACUUACUGAUUUGCCCAACCACCCACCUUUUGAAGAUGCCGAUGCAAAGAUACUCGAUAAGAAACAAUCCGGAGAUAUUAAUGAUAAGGAAGAUAGAUCAGUGUCUGAGAGCAUUGACCAGCUUCAAGAAAAUGUGAGGUCAGAACCAAUGAAAGGCGACAUUGAUGGUAUUAACCAAGAGUAGAUUAAUGCGAUUUUCAUAUGAGUGG